AGAAAUUCAUAUAUAAGUUGUAUCGUAAAUUCUUAUGAUCGAUUGAUAAUGCAUAUAUGUAUGUUUCAUAUGAUCUAUAUCGAGAUCGUAUUUAUUGAACUUAAAAUGUUAAAAAAAUUUAUACAAUAAAAAAAAGAAAAUAAAUAUAAUACAUUUAAGUAAAUAUUUUGAGAAUAUUUUAUAAAUUUAUUAUAUAAUUUUAUAAUAUUUUAUUUUACGAUAAUUUUUGGUAUUCAAUAUGUAUGAAUAUUGAUAAUUAUUUACAAGAUAUCAUCGAUUUUAAUAACCUUGAAAUAUAUCCUCAGGGACAACGUUCUGAAUAACUUUUCUCUUUACAUGUAACCGUCAUUCGGCCUUAGUUUUCAAGAUAUUCAAAAAAAUCUUAGUUAAACUUAGGUUAAGAUCACAUUAUACUUUAGUAUAUGCGGUCAUUUGAUAAUGAAGAUAUACACGAGGAAGUUAUUUGUAAACAUACGUGUAAAAUGAUUAAGAGAUACAUGUUCCUAGUGUUUAUAGUAUAGAAAUUGUUUGACAUUAAUAAUAUAAAUACAUAAUGAAAAUAUAUUUAACAAAGCUUUAGAAAUUUCUAUUUUUAUUUAUUCUAAUUCUUAGAGUAAAAUUCCAAACUUAAUGCAAAUGAAAAUCACAAAAUAUAUAGUAAUUAAUAAUUAAUAUAAUAUUAAAAAUUCUUAAGGAUAUAUUUUAAAAACAUUAAUGAGCAUUCAUACAAGGAAAAGUUAUUCAGAUUUUAUCUUUGAAUAUUUAAUGAUUAUUGAAAUUGGUGUAGACGGUCGUUUUGUAAAUAAUUAUCUUUAUUUUCAAUCGAAUCAAUUUUGAUUUAAAAGAUAAUACCAGAAUAUUCAUUCGCAUUGAUCGUAAAACGUCAUAUAAUCAUUAUCGAACACAUCAGAUAGAUAAAAGAGAAAAGACAUGCGAACUGGUUGUAAAAGCGGUGUGUUUACUGACUGACCCAUUAUGCGACCAGAUGCUUUCUUCGUAAAAUUUUCACCGUGUUUAACGGUCCUUUGGAGACGUGCUCGUUUAUACAAACCGGUACAUGUGCAAAUAGACUUUUUCUAUCGUGCAUCGACUGCAAAUUAGGCGAUUGUAUUGGAGAUGUAUUCGAACAAAUUCGAAAAAAAUCAAUUCGAAUCUUAUGAUUCUGGCGUAUAUCACAUAUAUCCACAAAUUUUUGAGACAACUACAUCCAACACGUAUACGUAGAUUUCUAUAUAUAUAUAUAUAUAUAAUAGUUGGCACGAAAAUGCGGUAAAUUGCGGUCAACUGUAUUAUAUUUCUGUCUAGAAGAGCGAACGCUUGUAGAUUAGAUCAGGGUAGCUGAACCGAUAUGAUCAUCAAAUGUCCUUUUAUUUUUGUUUCAAUUGUUUUAUCGAUAUUCAUUUUCCACGUGUAAGGCAGCAAUGUUUCAAAAUUCACAAUAUAAAUUAUUCUUUUAUGUAUGAAUUGAAAAUUGUUAUAAAAAUCAUUCGUUAUAGAUAUUUUAAAUUAUUACGAUAUCCUUUAUGAGAUAACACGAAACAAGAUAUAAUUUUAUUUGAAAAAAAAAAAAAAAGAAAGAAAAAAAAGAAUUAAAUACGAAUUUUUUGCAUAUAUACGACAUUGCAUGAAAAUGUACCGAGUUGUCCAGUCGGCAUGUCGAGGCUAGGGAGAGGCCUUUCAAGGUCCUCGGGGAUUUUUAUACGGCGGGAAGUAGGAACGGAUGUAUAAAGGUCGACGAGGACCGGUCGUGUAGCUAUAGAACGAAUUCGAUCCUAAAAUCGAUAAACAUGUCAGACACAAAGGGAUCGUUCGUCGGCAUGUAAAACAUUUGUAUCGUAGAGCAUCGUGAAAUUUCAGGCUUGCGAAACGCGUGGUGUCCGAAUUAAUUUCGGACAAUCGAAGGUUGAUUUUCGUCCGUAGAAAUAUAACACGCUAUCGUGUGUAUAUAUAUUAUGUAAUGUAUUUCCGUAAAAUAAGCGUUACUCGUUAUAGUGCUACUGUAUUGGUGGUUUUCAAUUACAAUGCUUCUUUAUAACCUAUGAUUACGAGCAUAACACGUGACUACACUUGUUAGUUUUAUCAAGUAUGGACGAUUUGAUUUUAUCAUGUGUACAGUAUAAGAUAAUCACACAAGUCGAGAUAGUCACAGAUCACAGAAAUCGUACCUUAAAAUGAUCAUUUUAUUCUAUCUGUUAUUUCUUUAAAAUAUAUAACAAUAAUAAUUCUUCCGCGUAAAGAAAAAGAAAAAAAAAGGAAAGAAAAAUAUUCCCGAUAUCGCAAUAGAAGUAACAAUUUUUCAUUUCCUAUAUCCGCAUCUUUGAAUUAUCAGAUGGAACGGAAUUCGAAUUAAAUCUCGAUAAAAUAAAUUCUAGGAUGUACCGCUAAUUACAAAUGUACCGAUGAAAAAAACCCGUGGAAUCAAGCUCGCAAGUUAAACGUAGCCUUGUUCUUUGGUUGAUGACGUUCACUGUACAGUCCUCGUGUACUCGCCGGUAUCGUGUGUGCCUCGUAUACGGAUUCACGGGCCGGUGAAUGCAGAAACCGUGUGUUUCUGAAGAAUAGUAAUCGUUGUUGCGGAGUGUCAGUCCUCACCGCUCGCGUGGUGAAGGUGUAUAUGAGAACGGCACGCGUGUAUAUCUAUCGGUUCGCGUAUAGUUGUGUAUCGGUGUGCGGAUGCUCGCGGUGGUGGCAUAGGUAGUACCAGGGGAUCACCGAGCGAAUCCGGAACGUUUCAUUGUCGUACACGCGGCGGCCGCAUCGCGAUCGUGCUGUCGCUAUCGAUCCAGUUACUUCUCAUUCGUAGUUGGAAAACUUUUUCUUCGUUUCCCGCGGAGGGAAAUUUCUUCGGCUCGGUUCAUCGCGCGCGGAACCUCGUUCAUUGUCCGGGAUGCGCUAAUUCGUACCUCAAAUGCGUCGUAUUCGCGAAUUACUGGAACGGGGUGAAUCCUCCUCGUCCCAUGACUCAGUUCACGGAAAGUCGGCUUUAUUAAUAGUCCUUUAGCGCGGACUAUUCGGCCAAGUGUUUUUGUGCGUACCAGAGAAAGUGGCGUUGAAUCAAAUUAUGAGGCGGCCAAAUAACCGUGAAGAGGAACGUUGAGCCGAUCAACGUGGGGGAGAGUCGGAUACCAGUUCCCCGCGCGGCACGGCCGUCUUUUUUCCCGAAAUCGAGAGUACUUGGUACACCGUCCCUUAUACCUGGGCAUCGGCGUUCAUUGAUACUCUCGGGAUGUUUACAGUUCGUCGAUGCCGAGGACGAGUCCGGUACUCAUAAAAAGUGUGGACCACAAGCUGUGUCUACACCGUCGAUCGAAGAUUCGGGACCUAAAACAUUCACGAUAUCACCUGUGUGGGAUAUUGAUAAAGAUGACGUGCAACAACUGGCUAAUUUUUCCGAAGAAAAGAGCAACUUUUUCAGUUUGCUCGAGAAUUCCCAAUUGAAUAUGAUUGAGGACGCCGGCGAUAGCUGCCUCUUGGAUACAUCUCUUGGUUACAAUGAUACCGCAAUAAACGCAACACCGCACUACUUAAUGCUCAACAAACAGAAUUCCUUUGAACAUGACGAAAGCCUGGGUAUACUGACUCCCGACCAGAUGACCGACUUCACAGUUGCACUAGAGUGCUCUAGGACACCAUCCUGCGAAAAUCUUACAGGAUCAGCGGGUUCUAGAUUAGCAUUAACGAGAGCAUCUGCGUCACGACCGUCCGCCGAUGUUGAACCGACCGAAGAGGCUUCUAGCGAGAGGACACCGUCCCCGGAGGAACUUCCACUGGAUCCUAAACCCACGGAACCUGUUAGAGGCACUGUUCCUAUCAGUUUUGUAACAUCGGUGACGAGUAUCACUAGUCUUGAGGCUGGAUAUCAAGGUGACGGUGAAAACUCAAGGCCAGCAAGUCGUGGGGCUGAUCCACCGUCCGUCGCACCACCGCCAAAUCUUCCCGUUCCUUGCAGGCAAGAUCCGAUGACGGAUUCGGAUUUCUUUACGGAAAGUGAUGCUGAUGCGUAUGAAGAAAUCGUGCGCGGUGAUAGAAAAGCUCAGGUGAUCGACGGUACUCUUUUCUGUGCGCCUGGCGGCCGAAGAUGUCCGAGCUUUACCGGAGAAGAAAUGGAUUCGAGUGGAAUUUAUUCAGAUCUCGAUAAAAGGCAGGACGAACUUCAAGCUCCCGAGGAAGCAAUUGAGGAACACGGGGAUCGCACGCCGGAUACUAUUGAUACCGAAGUUUCCCAGAGAAGUCAGCCGACACCGAUUAAAGCGGACGUUAUUAUGGAUUAUUUGCAGGCUCCUGUAAAUUCUCUGGAUGGAUUGACUGAUUCGAACGGUUCGAUAAAUCCUGUGGAAGUCACGGUAAUCGAGGUGGAAAGGACGAAUGACAGCAUGAGAUCGAAAACACAGAGCAAAGCUGAUUUAAUUCCGUUGAAAAAAUACAAGAUGCCUAAGAGAAACGUUGUCUCGAAAAUCAAAGCAAUGAUUGAAUCGGGUCCAAAAGAUGAAGCGGAAAAAGAAGCUCGACGUUUGCAGAGAUCUAGAAAUGGACGUUGGGAUGCUGUUAUGAGUAAAAUUGAAGCUGGAAAAAAUGAGCAAAGAACUAGGACAGUAAGAAAAGAAGUGAAAUCGAGAGUACUCCAGAGUAUUGGUCAAUCAUCUUCUACAGGAUCAAUUCAAAAAAAAGCCGGUGAUGCAAAUAAUAAUAGUAAUAAGGAUAAAAGGAGAAUACGUGGCCGGCAAGAAACAAAGUCACCAAUUGAAGAAACUGCCAGAAGCUCCGUUCGUAGCUCUUUGAGUGAUCUCAGCACUGGACGCAGCAAAGACGCACCAAAGAGAUCACCAACAUCGAUAAAUCCACCAAGAAGACUGGUAGCAAACGGUCGCGGUAGUCAACAGAAUCGUGUCAAUAGUUUCGACACCAAGAAGAACUGCGUAGAAAUUUCGCCCAUCAAUCUCGAGAAGAGUCCGUCAGCGACGCGAAAAACGACAAUAACGAGAAGAUUACCAACCACUGUCCCAGGGAAGCAGCAUAGCUUAACAUCGAUAAAAGAUCGCGAAACUAAGGAGCACAGUAAUAGCUAUGUGGUGACAAGAGCGUCUUUAGAGACGCGAGAUCAGGCCGCACAAACCGACAUACCUUAUGAUGCACUUCGCGUAAAACGAGCGGAACAAGUUAUACAAGCUCUUUCUAUAACCGUACAAUAUCUGGCCUAUGAGUUGGACGCAUUUUCUACACCAAAACUUAAGAAAGAUUGCGAGAAUAUGAAAAAGGAAUGGAUGUCUUCGUGCGCGGAGAUUGAAAAAUUGAGGGCUAGAAACCUCGGCAUUGAAGAUAGACUAGAAUCGGAGAGAGAGAGUCAUCGGAGAGCCUUGGACCAGCUUCGUGAAGAUCUGGAAGCUCGACACGCGGAACAAAUCGCCAUCUUGGAAGCGGCUCUGCAGGAAGAGAGGCGCAAAUGCGAAGUCAGAUUACGAGAUUCGCUAAAUGAGACUGCAAAAGAACAUCGAGCCGCAAUCGUGAAAUUACGAUCGGAACAAGAGGCCGAACUGAUACGAAAGGAAGCGGAAUUUAAGAGAAGAUCUGUCGUUCACGAUCAGGGGGCUGCGCUCACAGCCGAAGUUGAAUCUUUAAGAUCGGUGCUAGAGAUCAAAAGUCAAGAAAACGCUACGUUGAGAUCGGAUCUCGAUAAUAUCAAGCGAGAAAUCGAGGACAAAGAAGCUUUACAGCAACGCUUGGACACACUUGAGGCCAGAUGCGAAGAUUUGAAAGCACAGAUUCAAUGCAAAGAAGCUCUCGAGAGGCAAAUAUCUCAUGAUAAUGAGGUACUUCACGAAUCGAUUCAUCAGAUUUCCAAGCAGAAUAAACGUUUGGCACAACGUAAUGAAGAACUGCAAUGGAGGUUGCGUCAAAAAAACGAAGUAGUGACCGUUCUUGCGAACUUGACGCCUAGGCUUUCACGUUCUUUAGGCCCGGAACACGUCGAACAGAGUCUUUCACCCGACAAGAACGGUCCGCAAUCUUCAUCUAUGGUUAAAUUUAUGGUGCAGAAAGGUGAUUCGGUUUCAUGGACAUUGGAAAUCGAUGAUGAAUUUUCAAAGGGAGGAUCUGAUACGUCAUCAUUGGCAACACCACCAAAAAUGGGUAGAUCGGAAACAAGUACAUCAGUAUCGAGACAAGGAUCGCUCAGAUUAACGCCUAGAAGGCCUUCCGUAGAUAUGAGAGCAAGAUCCAAAAGUAUUUCCGUUACGGAUUCCACACGAGUAGAGGAAUCCACUUGGUCGCCUACAUUUAAUUCUACACCGAUUACUCGACGAAGACCUAGAAGUGAUCCAUCUUCUUCCGCUUCGUCCACUUCCUCGUCAUCUUCUUCUUCUGCAACAGCAGUAACUACAAAUUCUGCGGUGGCUGUUGCUGUUGCUGCAGCGGCGGCUGUCGCGGCAGCCGCUGAAGAUUGUGGCGCAGGUCAAAGGCCUCAAGAAGCAGGUGGUGAAGCAAUGAUUUCAGAAGAAACAUCUGCCACGAGUAGCGAGGAUGAGUCGUCCACGAGUAGCGAUAUUCCUCCAUUGCCAAUACAAUUUUCUUGGGGUAAACCAAUUAAGUAACGUUCUCAUAGUCCUCUCGCUUAAUACUUAAUAUUUCGAUUGCGAAGAGCUAAUAUAAUUCAAUUGGAUCAAGUUUAUUUGGUAAUUCCAUAAUAUUUUGUGACAGUUACUCCAAGUAUUUCCAAGAUAAUAUGAUAUGUUGAUAAUUAUUUAGAAUAAAGAUCGAUUGUUGAAAUAUGUAUUAAGGUUCUCAUUCUGAAUAACUUUUUCUUUAUAUGUAUUAUAAUCGUUAUUAAAUUAGUUUCCAAAUUUUGGAUAAAAAUAUUUAUAAUACUAUACAUUUGGUUUGUGACAAUUUAAAUUAGAUUUUGGUUACAUUUAGACUUGAUAAUAAAUAAAUAAGUAAUUUCAAUGCACAUUAAACUUACAUAUUACACAAAUUAAUUUUUUGUAAAAUAUACAAAAACAUUUAAAUAAUAUUUUACAUAUAAUUAAAUAUCAUUGAAUUUGCAUUAUGUCAAUAGUUAGAAAUUUUUUUACCAUUGUAAUAUCACACCCAAGAAGUAAGUUUAAAUCAAUCAAAUUAUGUCUUGUUUAUUUUAAAUUUUACAGGAAUCCAAUGAUUUAAAAAAAUAAAAUGAUGCUGAUAUUGCUAAAGCUAAUAUAGAUCUACUUUAGUAUAUUAUUCACACUCAAGAUAGAAUGAAUAAAAUUAGAAUAUUUUUCAGGCAUUAUAAAUUCAAUUUAAGCCAAAUCUAAAUUAAGCUUUUGUAAAAUAUAUAGUGUUGAAUAUAUAUUUAGUAUUAAAAAUAUUUUGUAUUUUUAAUUCGAAAAUUAAAAUCAAAUGGUGGUUAUAAAAAAAAGGAAAAAGUCCAUAUAUAAAGGAAAAAGUUAUUCAAAAUAAUGACUCUGAAAAAAUAUUUCAAAAUCAUCAAAAUUGAUGAAGUAUCUUUUAUUCUAAACAAUUAUUAAUAUGCUUUUAUAAAAAUGAACGUAUAAUUAUUUGGAAUAUUGUACGCGCACUUUUUCUACUACUUCUGUACCUGUAACUUAUAUGUCAAUCGCAAACAGAUAAAAAGCGUAUCUUUUACCAAAACUGAGAUAGUUUCGAUGAUGUUUUGUUAUCAUUUUGUAUAUUUGUGAAUUAUUCAAAGAUAAAGGAGUUGGUCUUUAGUUUAAUAUUUGAAUUAGAAAUAAUAUUUUUUAUGGUGUUGCGAUAUCUUUUCAAAUUAUGACUUUUUGCGAUACUACGAAUAUUAUGCCAACUUUAAUAUCUUUGCAUCGACUCUAUCUUUUCCUUAAUUCAAAGACUUCAAUACAUGAAAAAUCGCACAAUAAGAAGUCAUUUGCAAUAUAUAUACAUACAUUGUACCAAUUUUAUUUUAAAUAUAAACAUAUAUAUGUAUAAUAUACAUACAUAUACGUAUGCAUUAUAAUUACAAAAUAUUUUUUUUGCAAUCUUAGAUAUUAAGAAUUUUUUUUAUCUUCUUCUUGUGUUUGUUUUAUAUAGAAAGUGAAUAGAGCGAAAUCAAAGCAUGUUUUGUUCUUUUGUAUUUUAUUCGUUGUUUUUCCUUAGAUAGAAAAAAUGCGCGUAAAAAUUCAAUUAAUUUAGUUUGAAAAUUGUUUGCCGGUUUCAAUCUAUAUUGUAAAUGUUACAAUAUAUUGGCAAUUACAAGCCACGUAUUUUUCAAAACCGAAUCGAACCGAUUCACUGUUUGUUUGAUUCGCAACAUUUUACACAUGUCCAUUUUAUAAGGUAUGAUGCGUUUAUAUUACGUCUGUACAUAAAUAACAACGAUGUUUAUAAAUUAAUUAGUCUUUAUCGCAAAUAUUGUAAAUAGACAACGAUUGUCAAAUUGAUCCUAUCCUCAAAAAAGAAAAAUGUUGAUGAGCCAUUCACUGUGCUUACUGAAGAAAGCUAUUUGUCAAUGAUAUGCAGCUUACCGAACAGUACGAUUAUUGUGGUUCAUUACAUUAAAUCGAUUACUUGCCAGUUUUUAAAAUAUAAUAUUAAUUAAUGUUAAAAUUAUGAUUUUUGUAACGUUAAAAUUUCAUUUGGCGAUAACACAUUUGUGCAAGAAUGUAUUACAUUCACAAUAUAUCUUUCAUAUAAAAAAAAAAUUCAAUAAUAUUCUUAACGUUACAUGUUUUAAUUGCCAAAUAUUGAUAAAUUGAUAUAUUUAUCUAUAGACUCCUUUUUAUGUACAACACCAAAUCUACAGAAACUAUACUAUUCCAGGUAUGACUCACUAAUCAACUACUAUAUAAAGAUAUAGUCAGUUGUAUAAAGAAUUGAUACCAAAAAAAAAAAAAAAAAAAAAGAAAAGAAAAGUAAAAAGAAAAAUGAAACUCCGUUCCAUGGACAAGAAGAAAAGUAUGUUCGGUAGCAGUAGUGUAGGAAUAAUUGGAAGAUGUCGAAUAUAACAACAAACAAGUAUUAUUCGCCAAGAAGUGUGUUUUCUCUCACUUGUGCUGGCAAAUUUAAUGUAUUAUAUACCUAUCAAAUAAAUAUUAUAUGAAUUAAAGAAA